AUGAGGAGCAGCGAGGCCAUGGAGCUCCUGGGCUUCGCUCCCUACUCCCGGCCGUCCCCUUCCGAGGUGAAGGCUGCGUAUAGAAGAAUGGUCAUGGAGUCCCAUCCCGAUCGUGUACCGACACAUCAGAAGCCUCAAGCAGAGUCAAAAUUCAAGCAGAUAGUAGAAGCAUAUUCUUGUUUGAAGGAUGGUCGAAGAUUUGGGAACAGAAUGGAAGUACAUGUAAUGAGGUCUGGUGUUCCAACGGGAUACAGAAGAUCAAACAAGAUAUUGAUUAAAGCCCCCUUUCUGCUCAUAAUUUGUGCCGCAGUUUCCUUUGGUUCCUACAGCGCUUCGAGGGCAUACCAGCGGCAAAAGGAUGUGUGUUCCUCUCAGAACCCUUUUCUUCCAUAAUGGAAAUCCAUUGUACUGUCCAUAUCCAUAUAUAUAAGCUACUCCCUCCGAUCCAUACACAUAUGGAUCGGAGGGAGUAAAGAGAAGAUCUGCAUGUUGCAAUUUGAGAUGCAAAACAAUCUCUGCACUGAAUAAAGGCACCCUUGUGAUUUCAAAGAAAAGACACAUGCUUUGUAGAUGUUCAAUUUAGCUCUAGGGAGCAUAUGCUCCUGCGCGCCAAAAAUACAUUUACAAAUGUGAAAAUAUACAAGACAAUUCAGACAUUUAAAUGUUCAUUUUCAAAUGUAAUUUGCAAUUUUUUA